AUGCGCUGGUAUCAUUCCUUGGCUCUUCCGUUGUCGAUCACGGGCCUUGCAUUAGGACUCAGUAGCGAUCGUCAGUCAUGCAGCACAUCAGGGUAUUUUGAACAAAAGGAGAAAGCGUCUAACAUCGUAAAACAGUUCAUGGUGAGAAAUGGAGUCCCAGGGCUAUCUGUAGGUGUUUCACGUAAUGGUCGAUGUGUUUGGGGACAAGGGUUCGGUUACGCAGACGUGGAACAGUUGGUACCGUGCAAAAGCGAUACAGUGAUGAGAAUUGCCAGUAUAAGUAAACCAGUAACAGCUGCCCUUGCCGCACGUUUGGUCCAGAACGGAAAACUUCAUUUGGAUGCGCCUGUUCAGGACUAUGUGCCGGAUUUCCCAAAAAAGAAAUAUAACGAGAAAGACGUUACUAUAACAAUUCGUCAGCUUUUGAGCCACACAAGCGGCAUUAGGCAUUACAAAAUGCCAGUUGAGCCGACCGUAGAAGACUUUGUGAGAGAGCUGAGGAAAGCGGUUGAAACAGGAAUUGAUGGUAAUGUGAAGAAUUUAUUACAUAAAAUAGACGUUAAAUAUAAGGAGAAAUACAGUAAAAGUAAUCUAACGCGACAUCGAAGUAUUGAGGUCAAAGACAAAUCUGAGUUCUUUUCCAAUAUUCAUUACGAGUGUGUGAAAGAUGCACUGGAGAUCUUCAAACAUGAUGAAUUAGUAGCAGAACCAGGAAGUAAAUUCCAGUAUACAACCCACGGAUUUACUUUACUCAGUGCAGCACUAGAAAAAGCAGCCAGUGAAAGAUAUGUAGAUCAAAUAACAAAUUUAUUCCGUGAAUUAGGAAUGAACCAUUCAUAUCUCGAUCUUAACUGUCCCCUUAUCACCAAUAGAGCCAGGUAUUACUAUCGGGAUCAAGAUCAUAAAUUAAAGAAUGUUCCAGAAGUAGACAAUUCAGGCAAAUGGGCAGGUGGUGGAUUAUUGUCGACUGUCACCGAUUUACUUAUUUUCGCUAAUGCAAUGCUUUAUAGUUAUCAUGCAGCGCAGCAUUCGUUUGUCGAGAAUAAUGGAAUAAAGCCUUUGCUCGAUGCCGAAACCAUGAAAACGUUUUGGAAGGGUGAAAUUUCGGAUCAUCGAGGGAAUGUUUACGCUCUUGGGUGGUACAAAAUCGAUGGAGAUGAUCAAAAGUAUGGAGGUUUAAGUGAUACCUGGCCACGAAAAGGAGUUUUUUUGCAUACUGGUGCUGCUGUGGGUGCGUCAUCUGUUCUGCUUAUCAAACCAGACCAUAAUUUCGUCGGCACUGAUGGAACUUGCGUUGCUAUUCUUACAAACCUGCAUGAAUGCGGUGAGCUUACGCAGUUAGCUAUGGAAAUUGUUGAAAUUUUUGGUUGUGUUACUUCCAUCGAAACCUCAUAG